GAAAAGGAGGGAAGACAAUGGUGCAGAAAAAGAAAAGCUGUCCUCGGUUACUGGAUUAUCUUGUGAUAAUUGGAGCCAGGCAACCAAGCAGUGAUAGUGUGGCACAGACACCUGAACUACUACGCCGUUAUCCUCUAGAAGAUCACACUGAUUUUCCUCUUCCUCCUGAUGUAGUGUUCUUUUGCCAGCCAGAGGGAUGUUUGAGUGUGAGGCAGAAGCGCAUGAGCCUGCGAGAUGAUACUUCAUUUGUUUUCACGCUCACAGACAAAGAUAAAGGUGUCAUUCGCUAUGGGAUAUGUGUCAACUUCUACCGCUCCUUCCAGAAGCGUGUGCCCAAGGAGAAGGGGGAAAGCAGUGGAGGACAUCGUAUUCGAGAUGGGCAGAAAGCCCCCAAGUCUGGAGAUACUUCCACUGCCCAAGAAGAGAUGGCUAAUGAGAGUUCAGAGAGUGGUGGUUCUCUGCAGCCACCAAGCACAGAGUCCACCCCAGAUGUCAAUCGGUCGCCUCGGAGUAAACAUCCAGCAAAAGGCACUCACCGUUCUCGUAACAGCACCCUAACCUCACUUUGCAUACUUAGUCACUAUCCUUUUUUCUCUACCUUCCGUGAAUGUCUAUAUACCUUGAAGAGGCUGGUAGACUAUUGCAGUGAGAGACUCUUGGGAAAGAAGCUGGGCAUCCCUCGAGGAGUGCAGAGGGAUACUAUGUGGCGGAUUUUCACAGGCUCUCUUCUAGUGGAGGAGAAAUCCAGUGCAUUGCUACAUGAUUUGCGUGAAAUUGAAGCCUGGAUUUACAGACUGCUUCGCUCUCCUGUGCCUGUUGCUGGCCAGAAGCGUGUGGAUGUGGAAGUCUUACCACAUGAAUUGCAGCCUGCCUUGACUUUUGCCCUCCCUGACCCAUCCCGUUUCUCCCUGGUGGAUUUCCCAUUGCAUCUGCCCCUGGAGCUGUUAGGGGUGGAUGCUUGUUUGCAGGUGCUGUCCUGCAUUCUGUUAGAACACAAGGUAGUGCUACAGUCCCGGGACUAUAAUGCACUCUCCAUGUCUGUGAUGGCAUUUGUGUCUAUGAUUUACCCACUGGAGUACAUGUUCCCAGUGAUUCCACUUCUUCCCACAUGCAUGGCUUCUGCAGAGCAGCUACUUCUGGCCCCAACACCUUAUAUAAUUGGAGUCGCAGCCAGCUUCUUCCUUUACAAACUAGAUUUUAAAAUCCCUGAUGAUGUGUGGCUUGUUGAUCUGGACACCAAUAAGGUGAUUGCACCUACAAAUGCAGAAUCAUUGCCUGUUUUACCAGAGCCAGAAGCUUCAGAACUAAAAAAACACUUGAAGCAGGCUUUGGCCAGCAUGAGUUUGAAUACCCAGCCCAUUCUUAACUUAGAGAAGUUUCAUGAAAGCCAGGAGAUCCCACUGCUUAUGGGAAGACCUCAGAAUGACCUGCAAUCCACACCUUCUACAGAAUUCAACCCCUUGAUUUAUGGCAAUGAUGUAGAUUCAGUGGAUGUGGCCACUAGGGUUGCCAUGGUGAGAUUCUUCAAUUCUCCAAAUGUUUUACAAGGAUUCCAGAUGCAUACCCGCACGCUUCGUCUCUUCCCCCGGCCAGUGGUUGCUUUUCAGACUAAUUCCUUCUUGGCCUCACGACCAAAGCGGACACCCUUUGCAGAUAAAUUGUCCAAGACGCAGGCAGUGGAAUACUUUGGAGAAUGGUCACUCAACCCAACUAAUUAUGCUUUCCAAAGAAUCCACAAUAAUAUGUUUGACCCUGCUCUGAUUGGUGAUAAGCCAAAGUGGUAUGCUCACCAACUGCAGCCAAUCCAUUAUCGUGUCUAUGACAGCAAUUCUCAGCUAGCUGAAGCACUGAGUGUCCCAGUAGAGAGAGAAACAGAUUCUGAUCCUACUGACGAUAGUGGCAGCGACAGUGUGGACUAUGAUGAUUCCAGCUCUUCAUACUCAUCCCUUGGUGACUUUGUUAGUGAAAUGAUGAAAUGUGACAUAAAUGGUGAUACUCCAAAUGUGGAUCCACUAACUCAUGCAGCUUUGGGUGAUGCAAGUGAAGUAGAAUUUGAUGACUUCCAAGAAUAUUCUGGUGAUAUGGAUGAACAAGCUCCAGACAGUGAGAAUUCUCAAGACAACAACCAGCCCCGUUCAAGUUCAAGCACUACAGCCAGUAGUAGCCCCAGCACCGUCAUCCAUGGGGUGAAUCAUGAAUCAGCUGAAUCUGUAGAUAUGGAGGAGAAGAUGGUAGCUGGAUUUUCAAAUCACCUUUCCAACUUGCCAUUACAACCAAAUUUUCCCAAGAUCAGUGUAGAUCGUCGUGAGAGUGAGAGUCCUGCAAUCAGUUUGAGUACUGUGGAUGGAGUGGUGAAAAAACGAGAGUAUGAUAAUCCAUACUUUGAACCACAGUAUGGGUUCCCAACAGAGGAAGAAGAUGAUGAACAAGAAGAAAGUUACACUCCAAGGUUCAAUCAAAACCUCAGUUGCAGUCGGCCUCAGACGCUUCUUCGUCCCAACAGCUUAAAGCUGGGCAAUGACUCUGAUGCAGAAUCGGAUUCUCAUGCCAGUUCCCCAAAUUCUACAAUCUCCAACAAUAGCAGUGAAGGUUUUGGUGGCAUCAUGUCUUUUGCUAGUAGCCUAUACAAGAACCACAGCACAAGCUUUAGCCUGUCCAAUUUAGCACUUCCAACCAAAGCUGGGAGAGACAAAAACACUCCAUUUCCUAGUCUGAAAGGAAACAGAAGAGCUCUUGUGGACCAGAAAUCUUCUGUUAUAAAGCACAGUCCCACUGUGAAGAGGGAAUCUCCUUCACCACAAGGACGGACUAGUAAUUCCAGUGAGAACCAGCAGUUCUUAAAAGAGGUGGUGCAUAAUGUCCUAGAUGGGCAAGGAGUUGGUUGGCUGAACAUGAAGAGAGUCCGACGUCUGUUGGAGAGUGAACAACUCCGUGUCUUCGUAUUAAGCAAGCUCAAUCGUACCAUCCAGUCAGAGGAGGAUGCACGACAGGAUGUUGUCCCGGAUGUGGAAAUCAACCGCAAGGUUUAUAAAGGGAUGUUGGACUUGCUGAAAUGUACUGUGUCAAGCCUUGAGCAGUCAUAUGCAAAUGCUGGACUUGGGGGCAUGGCCAGUGUCUUUGGCCUACUGGAGAUAGCUUAUACUCACUACUAUAACAAAGAACCAGAGAAAAGGAAACGAAGCCCAACAGAUGGAGCAAUCACUCCGGUUGGCAAGGACCCUAUUUUAGUCGUGAGGGUGGAGCCGAAACCCAAGGUGCAGCUGCCAGUUCCCCAGCUCUUGCCAAGGGCACCAAGUCCUGCAGGGAAAGGGCCGAGGGAGUUUGACACAAGGAGUCUAAAGGAGGAAAAUUUUGUAGCUUCUAUUGGGUCAGAAGGUACAAAACAUUUUUUUGAUCUUGGAGAGACCGAGGAGAAGAAGUCACAAAUCAGUGCAGACAGUGGUGUGAGUCUAACCUCCACUUCUCAGAAGAGUGAUCUGGACUCUGUGGCCAGCGUGGGACCUGCUGUUAUGAUCCGAAGCACCAGCCAAGAUUCUGAAGUGAGCAACAGCUCUGGAGAGACACUAGGAGCAGACAGCGACUUAAGCAGCAAUGCUGGUGAUGGCCUUGGUGGGGAGAGUGGAGGAAAUCUGGCAGGAUCACGAGGCACUGUAUCAGACAGUGAGAUCGAGACAAACUCUGCUACUAGCUCUAUCUUUGGUAAAUCUCAUAGUUCGAAGCAAACAAUAAAAGAUAAUAAAUGCAGCAGUCCUGGGAGAGCUCCAGAGGAUUCAGGCCAACGAGUUUAUCUCUAUGAAGGCCUUCUGGGGAGGGAUAAAGGAUCUGUCUGGGACCAGUUAGAGGAUGCUGCCAUGGAAACCUUCUCUCUGAGUAAAGAACGCUCAACUCUCUGGGAUCAGAUGCAGUUUUGGGAAGAUGCUUUUCUGGAUGCUGUGAUGUUGGAGAGAGAAGGAAUGGGGAUGGACCAGGGACCUCAGGAAAUGAUUGAUAGGUAUCUUUCUCUUGGGGAACAUGACCGCAAACGUUUAGAAGAUGACGAAGAUCGCUUGCUGUCGACACUGUUACACAAUAUGAUCAUCUACAUGCUUAUGAUGAAGGUGAACAAAAAUGAUAUUAGGAAGAAGGUACGCCGAUUGAUGGGGAAAUCUCACAUUGGGCUUGUGCAUAGUCAGCAAAUAAAUGAAGCUCUUGACAAACUUCCCAAUAUAAUUGGCAGGGAACUCCCAAUCCGACCCAGUGGCAGCAGACACAUCAAGAAGCAAACAUUUGUUGUACAUGCUGGGACAGAUACAACAGGGGACAUUUUUUUCAUGGAGGUAUGUGAUGACUGUAUUGUGCUGAGGAGCAACAUCGGCACUGUCUAUGAACGUUGGUGGUAUGAAAAACUCAUCAAUAUGACAUACUGUCCCAAAACUAAAGUGCUGUGUCUCUGGAGGAGAAAUGGCCAGGAGACCCAGCUGAAUAAGUUCUACACCAAAAAGUGCCGGGAACUAUAUUAUUGUGUAAAAGAUAGCAUGGAGCGAGCAGCAGCAAGACAACAAAGCAUAAAACCAGGCCCUGAACUGGGUGGAGAAUUCCCAGUGCAAGACAUGAAGACUGGCGAAGGAGGGCUACUCCAAGUCACACUGGAAGGAAUUAAUCUGAAAUUCAUGCACAAUCAGGUUUUCAUAGAGCUGAAUCACAUUAAAAAGUGCAAUACAGUGCGAGGAGUCUUUGUCCUGGAAGAAUUUGUUCCUGAAACUAAAGAAGUGGUGAUCCACAAGUACAAGACGCCAAUGGCUCAUGAGAUCUGCUACUCCGUAUUGUGUCUCUUCUCUUAUGUGGCUGCAGUUCGUGGAAAAGAGGCAGAAAGCAAAAGUAAACCACCUCGUCCGGUGUCCAGCUGAUCCUCAUCACUGGGAAAUACAGUGGCGUGUAAUACUUCCCAUUCUGUUCAUGUUACUGGAGCUCACAUAACCAUCUCUAAUGAAAACUUGCUUUAUUUAUUAAUCUGCAAGUUCCCUUAGAAGAAUCAGAUUUAACUGUUCCAUCCCGUACUGAGACUGCCCUUCCAUAGCAUUUUGGAGUGGUCAGCAUCCCUUCUAGAAGAGAAUAUGCUCUGCUCAUGCCAAUCCUUUGAAAUUUGCUUCUUCAACCAGCUCAUGUGAGGUUCCACUUUUUUAUUUUCAUGGGUACCAUUGUAACAUAUUUCUUGAGUCUUGGCUUUCAGGUUUUCUGUUAUGAGUACAAUGGAAAUGGCUCAGAGCAUUGCCCGAGUUAUAUUUGUUGCUGUUAUUUAAUGCUUUUGUUUAAGUCCUCCUUUUUUUCUUCCUUUGUACCUGUCCUGACAUGGAAGUCUCACUACAUGGCCCUUUUUGUCCUUCAAUUCCUUCCAUCUGUUCUUUGAGCAUCAAAGAAAAUACAUAUGCCUAUUUAAUCACUGCAUUUUCAGAGGAAUGGCUAGGAAUCAUGGAGCAGGAAGUAUUAGGAGAUACUUUAAAAACUGGCAUGCAUGUAUUGUACAUAUUCUUUUAAGUGGGCGAAUAAUAUUUUGCUAACAUUCCAGUUCAUUAGCAUAUGCUCAUAGUGGUAGCUAGAACUCUUCAUGGUAUAGCAUUGUGAGGAAAGACCAAAAAAAAAAAAAAAGCGAUAAAAAACCAAUAUUGUGCUAUUGGUUAAAUCAUAUUGGCAUACUCAUAUAAGGUCCAGUUGUCUGAAGUGCACUCUGUAGUACGAUGUCAGAAAUACAUCAGGCUGUGAAAACUGUUUUAAGGAUGCAGACGUUUGAGUCAAUAGCACUUAUCCUUGUUCCAAGUCUCCUUUUAGCCACUGCUUCUGUCAAACUGUACAGGUAUAUCAAAGAAUUUUGCAAAAACCAUGCUACUGUGCAAUGAAACCUCCCUUCCAGGUAAAGUACCCACUUGACCCUUUAUGUUUUAGUUGGCUGAAAAAUUAAUGUUCAAAAUGUGUUUUAUUUUUCAUGGACUUUCCUGGACUCUAAUGUUAAAAAAGCAUCAGGGUACAUAAAGGGAAAGGAUCCAUGGUAUGUAAUAAAUUGUAAAACAUUUAACAGAUAUCAGGGUAUGAUAUAAACUGAAAUAAAUGCUUGGCAACUGCCUUCAGAAAGUACUGGGCCCAUUUUCCAUGCAGCUUGGUCUGUGUGGCUAGUCAAUGGACUGUACUAAGCAUGAGUGGGGAGAUGUAAAUAUUUCAGUACCACAUCUAUUUAUAGAAAAGUGUACAGUUGUCUGAAUGUGAAAAUAAACUACCAUUAA